GCAAGUCUUUAGCGCGGGUGUGCUAGUGAAACUAACCGGUGAUACGUGCCUCCGUCCACCGAUCGCUUGCUUUGUCAUCUCCCGGAAACCUGUGGCAGCCGCACCAAGUGGUUUUCUGGAUUUUCUGGCUUAUCGCGAACCCGACCCGCCCCCCAGCAACACUUCUCCAGACGACGACGACAGUACCACGUUUCGUUUCUUUUCCUUCUCGCCUUCACCACUAACCCUUCCAUCAAUUCAAAAUGUCGGCGAAGGUUGAGUCCAAGAAGUUCGGCAAGGGCACCCGGUCGGUCCCUCACCACUCCGAGAAGGCCCAGAAGUGGUACCCUGCUGAGGCCGAUGCCCAGCCUCGCAAGGUCCGCAAGGCCGUCCGCGCCUGGCAGCCACGCAAGUCCCUCCAGCCCGGUACCAUCCUGAUCCUCCUCGCCGGCCGCUUCCGUGGCAAGCGCGUCGUCCUCCUGAAGAACCUCGACCAGGGUGUUCUCCUCGUUACCGGUCCCUUCAAGAUCAACGGUGUCCCCCUGCGCCGCGUCAACUCCCGAUACGUCAUCGCCACAUCCCAGAAGGUUGACCUGGCCGGAGUCGACGAGAAGAAGAUCGAGGAGGUCGGCCAGCCCAAGUACUUCGUCGGAGAGAAGACCAAGGAGAAGGCCGGCGAGGAGGCCUUCUUCAAGCAGGGCGAGAAGGCACAGAAGAAGGAGGUCUCCUCCACCCGGGCAGCGGACCAGAAGGCGAUCGACAAGUCCCUGCUGGCCAACAUCAAGAAGGUCGAGUUCCUCGCGAGCUACCUGGCCUCCUCCUUCAGCCUGCGCAAGGGUGACAAGCCCCACGAGAUGAAGUGGUAGAUUAUGUCAAGCUGUCGGUUGGUUGGGAAGGGGGCGUGGCGCACGACGACACACCAAGAACACCCUCCGGAAAAAAGAUGAAACUUUGCUUUUUAGGGAGGGGUUUACAAAGCGGCAUUCGUGGAAAUCGGAAUUAGGGAUGACCUACGGCUAGGCCACUUGCAUCUUCCAUGUCGAAGAUUUCGGUUCAUUCGCGGCGUCUGUAAUGAGGGAAUUCUACCAAACAUCACAAAAAAACCAAACAGAACCGGUCAAACCAAAGUUUCGGUGGUCCUGCGUGCCGAGCUUUUCACGAAUGAGGACAUGAAACGAAUUUUGACAAGAGGGGAAGAAAAGGCCCGAGAGAAAUCUGGUUGUGUGUGACUGCGAGUGUGAUAUAGAAGGGCGUCCAAACAAACUCCUCUCCUGGAUGUGUGAAUUCCGGUAUUGGUACUGAGCAUCUAGAGAUAUCCCCAAUCCAAGACGUGUGCACGUCGGAA